UUUCCCCCUUUGGGCGCCUAGACGAGAUUGUCCCUUGAUCAUUUCCUUUGCUGAAUUGCUCGCAUACUCAGACUGUGCCGUCUUUUGCUUCGGGAAGAUCAUAUUCAUACAUAGCAUUCCUAAGAACCUCACCGUCUUCUUCGUAGGCGUGCUCUCGUAAACCGAACUGUUUACUCCUCGUUCUCCCAUACACUAGGCAGCUGAAAGGAGAGCUCAAGCUUUGACUUAGUUCUGCCAUGGCGGAGCCGAUUCGAGUACUAUACUGCUCUGUUUGCAGUUUGCCCCCUGAAUACUGCGAAUUCGGACCCGAUUUCGACAAAUGCAAACCCUGGUUGGUCCAAAACGUACCGGACCUAUACCCGGAUCUUCUAAAAGAGGCUAAUGAAAAGGAAGCUGAUAAAGUUGCUGAGAAGUUGCAGAAUAACAGUAUAGCUUCUGAGGCUAGUGAUGGAGCCGCUACCUCAGCACCCAAGCAAGAAGAUGUAAAACGUCUUCCGGGUGGGAAAAUAAAGAAAAAGGAUAAGAAAGAGGUUGUUAUUGAAAAGGUCAUACGAAACAAACGAAAAAGCAUCACAACUGUCAAAGGCCUGGACCUUUUUGGUGUCAAACUCAGUGAUGCUUCAAAGAAACUUGGGAAAAAGUUUGCAACAGGAGCUUCUGUUGUCAAGGGACCGACUGAGAAAGAGCAAAUUGACGUUCAAGGGGAUAUAUCAUAUGACAUUGUGGAGUUCAUUACAGAAACUUGGCCUGAUGUCCCAGAAACUGCAAUUUUCUUUAUAGAAGAUGGCAAAAAAGUUCCAGCUGUUUAACUUUGAAAUCUGGAUAUGCUCCUCGUUGCAGCUGUACUUUUGAAGGAUUGUGCUAUGAACUUACUUAAGCAGUGAACUUGAACAAUAUCUUUGGCCAAUGAGGUCUAUUUGUUGAUGAUCCCCUUGCGGUAUCAACAUGUGUUCAAAAUGAUACUGUUCUUGAAUAGAAGGGUUGUGUGUAAAAGCAAGAUGAUCAGGGUACUAGCAAUGCGGUUUUUGGUUAGGUGAGAGAUGCUGAGAAUAUUUUUGGUGGACAAAUUUUCUUAAUUUAUAGUUGAAGAAUUCCUUAGGCUGUUUGGUAUUCUGGAAGCAUUUUGAAGGAAAUGGAAUUGGAAAUGGUGGUGGAAAAGAAAAAUGAAUUGGGUUCGAAAGUGUAGUUUGGUGUGCUGGAAAAUUUAAAUGGAA